GAAUUUAAAAGAAAAGAAAAAAAGAAAAAGAAAACUAGUUCUACAACCCAACGCUCGGCAAAACAGUCUGACUGACUGAGAAAGAUUCCACGGUGUUGCAAGUGCAAUCGACGGCGUCCACCGCCAUAUAAACCGAACCAAUUCUGCAAAUCGAUUUUCCCUUUCCGAUCCGAUUUUCAAUCUUACCUAAUUUCUCAGCAACCAAACAGUUUACACAGCUUCAUUUCAUUUCCAUUUGGUGGAUUUCAACCAUGGAAGCCACUGACAACUCAACAGAAUCCACCAUUCCAAAUGGUUCUCAAAGACUACCUGGUAUGGUUAAUUGGGGCCCAGCAACUGUUAUUGCAAUGUUUGCAGGCAUGUUAUAUGGUGGUAGCAGAGAGGCAUCUUCUUCUGUUAGCAAGGAUGCAGAAGUGAUGUUGAAACUUGGGAGCACAGAAGACAAACGAGCCCAAUAUCGAUUGAUGAGAGAUGCAAUGGAGAAACGGUUCAUUCGAGUUACACGAGGCGCACUAGUUGGAGGGGUACGUCUUGGAAUGUUCACUGCUGCAUUUUAUAACAUACAAAAUCUGCUUGCGGACAAGCGAGGAGUGCAUGAUGUUUUCAAUGUUGUGGGAGCUGGAUCAGCCACUGCUUCAGCUUUUGGUUUAAUAAUGCCAGGAUCUUUCCGUUGGCGUGCCAGGAAUAUGGCACUAGGAUCAGUACUGGGAGCAGCAUUUUGUUUUCCUCUUGGUUGGAUCCAUUUGAAGAUGGUAGAAAUAGCUAAUGAAGGGAAUUCGGAGGCACAUUCAGAUCAGAGAGAAGUAAAGAGUGGUGUUAGUGCUGCAAUUGAAAGGCUUGAAGGAAAUUUAAGAAAAUGAAAGAAAGGUGUUGUUAGGUGUGACAUCAUACCCUUUGCACCUCUUGUCAUUUUUAUUUUUUCAGAGAAGGGUGUAAUAUAGUGCUGGACAAUGGGGAAAGCAUUUCAAAUGCUACUCAUAUCCUCUUGUAGGAAAAUUAGUUCUAGUUCUAGUUCAGUAAUUUAGCAUCGGGUUUUUUCAGUUGA